GCCAGGUGCCCCUACUGUGACUGUCAAAUUCGGGUGCCCCCCCCCACGAAUGUCUGCGAGUCUCUGGUCAUCUCCUGUACUAUGCCUGCAGUCUCUGGUCCAUCUGUAGUAUGUCCGCAGUCUCUGGGCAUGUCCUGUACAAUGUCCGUUAGUCUCUGGGUCAUCUCCUGUACUAUGUCCGUAAUCUCUGGUCAUGUCCUGUACUAUGUCCGCAGUCUCUGGUCAUGUCCUGUACUAUGUCCAGCAGUCUCUGGUCAUGUCCUGUACUAUGUCCGCAGUCUCUGGUCAUGUCCUGUACUAUGUCCGCAGUCUCUGGUCAUGUCCUGUACUAUGUCCGCAGUCUCCUGGUCAUUCUCCUGUACUAUGUCCGCAGUCUCUGGUCAUCUCCUGUACUAUGUCUGCAGUCUCUGGUCAUCUCCUUGUACUAUGUCUGCAGUCCAUUGGUUCAGAAUAUUUUUUUCCUUGUUUUCCUCUUCUAAAAUCUAGGUGCGUCUCAUGGUCUAGGUGCAUCUUAUGGGGCUGAAAAAUACGGUGGUAAAUGUUUUUCACUUUU